CAUAAAGAUGGCACUUUACUUUUAUAAUUUGCCAAAAUGGAUGGAAACUUUCAACUGGCUGUCAGAGACUGAGCUUCAACAACAACAAGAUGAACAUUUGAAGGGCAUUGUUAAAAGAAGUACUAAGUACUGUAACACUGUAGCAUGGGCCUGGGUCAUUGGAAGCUAUUCAACAUGGACAUUCAAUUACGGGGAAAAUUUAUUGAUGGUUAUAGUUCAAAUUGAAACAUUGCACGAAAUUGAUCCGACCUACAUUACGUUUUAUUUGCUCUGGCCUACGGAACCUGCUACCGGAAGCACACAAAAAAGAUUGAACAAAAUAAUGUCGCCCAUUCUCUUCAUGUAUUUGCUGAUUGCAUCUAUAAAUAUGAGUCUUAUACUAUUUAGUUUGGCAAACCUCAAAAAAUCAUCGAAGAUUGCGUCGCAAGUGCUAGUUGUAUCAUUAGUGGUUGAAGCUUUUUAUUACUAUUGGCAUGGACAUCAAGUAAUGCAUCAGAGCGAGAAUAUAAGCGCAGCGGUAUACGACUCUGACUGGGUGGAUAAGAGCCCUAAAAUUCGUCGACUUGUCUACAUCAUGUCUUCGACGGUCAACAGGAAAUUCGUUUAUAACGCCGGCCCUUUCAAUGAAGUCACAGUUAUUACUUUUAUCCAGAUCGUGAAGGUUACGGUCAGCUUUUACAAAUUAAUGUGCACAACGACAUUGUCCGACGCAGGCUCUUAAUUUUUUUCUUUUGUAAUUCUUUCAUUAAUCUUGAUUUUAGGCAUUGAAAUAUUUAGAUUUACAAGCACAUUAUAUGCACAGUUUACACAAAAAGUAGAUUUGUUAACUUUAUACCUACAUAGAGAAAGAUUCUCUUAGCGACAUCUUUUUCACGCAUCAGUAUCACCGAAGAACAUAAUAAGAAUGAAUAUCACAAUAAAUAAAUUUCACUUACGUAAAACCUGUUUGUAUUGUAAUUUUUUUUUAUCCUUAUAAACAGAGGCUAUGCUAGGCUUCUUAAUGUAAUUUUAAUAUAGGAAUUUGUAUUGUACCUUAUAUUAUAUCAUAAGAUUUUUGUAAAUGAAAAUGAAAUAAUUUUACUAAUAGUAGUGAAAGUAUCAUCUCAUAUUUUUUUUCAAGCUUGAUUAACCCUACUCGUGGCCAAUAUGCGAAGUUGAAUUGAAUUUACUUUUUUCAUAAUAACAAUAAUUUUUACUUGUUGGUAGAUCAUACUCUCACCCCCGAAUUCGUACAGCUUUUGAUCAUUUAAAAAAAGGUUUACUAAUGUUUCAGACUUUUUU